GGAAGGGUAGAGCCGGGAACAGCUCGGCCCGCUCCCCCUCCUCGGGGGCCGCGGCUCGGGAACUACAAGGCCCAGCAGGCAGCGGCAGGAGGCGGAGGCGGAGGAGGGACCAGCGCGGGUGGGAGUGAGAGGGCGAGCCCUCGCGCCUCGCCGGCGCACAGCGCUCGGAGCGCUCCUGCGGCCACAGGCGCGGCGGCCUCGGCGGCGGGCGGCAGGCAGCGGGAGCCGGGACGCCGGUGCAGCCUGCAGGGCGCGGAGGAACCCGGGCAGUGCCGGGAGCUAGGCGGCCACGUCCGGACCGGACCGAGACUUCGCGUAGCGCAUUGCGGCGACCUAGCCUUCCCCGGCCGCGAGAGCGCCGCUGCUGGAAAAGCCGCGGAACGCGAGGACUUUUCUCUGCUCCGAGCUCUUGGCGCCCCGCAGGACGCACGGUACCCGUGCUGCAGUCGGGCACGCCGCGGCGCCGGAGCCUUCGCGGGGCGAUGGGUCCUGGUCUGCAAGGAGCGUGAGGCGCCGCCGCCGCGUUCCGGAGAAGGGGGGCGCAGGGUCUGGAGACCCCGGGCGGCGGACGGGAGCCCUCCCCCCGCCCCGCCUCCGGGGCACCAGCUCCGGCUCCAUUGUUCCCGCCCGGGCUGGAGGCGCCGAGCACCGAGCGCCGCCAGGAGUGGAGCGCCGGCCGCGGGGCUUUCGCGACCCCGCCAGCACCCGAACAGAGCCCGGGGGCGGCGGGCCGGCGCCGGGGACGCGGGCACACGCCCGCCCGCACAAGCCACGGCGGACUCUCCCGAGGCCGAACCUCCACGCCGAGCGAGGGUCAGCUUGAAAAGGAGGAUCGAGCUCACGGUGGAGUAUCCAUGGAGGUGUGGAGCCUUGUCACUAACCUCUAACUGCAGAACUGGGAUGUGGAGCUGGAAGUGCCUCCUCUUCUGGGCUGUGCUGGUCACAGCCACACUCUGCACCGCUAGGCCGGCCCCGACCUUGUCUGAACAAGCCCAGCCCUGGGGAGCCCCUGUGGAAGUAGAGUCCUUCCUGGUCCACCCUGGUGACCUGCUGCAGCUUCGCUGCCGGCUGCGUGAUGAUGUGCAGAGCAUCGACUGGCUGCGGGACGGGGUGAAACUGGCGGAAAGCAACCGCACCCGCAUCACAGGGGAGGAGGUGGAGGUGUGGGACUCCGUGCCCGCGGACUCCGGCCUCUAUGCUUGCGUGACCAGCAGCCCUUUGGGCAGCGACACCACCUACUUCUCCGUCAAUGUUUCAGAUGCUCUCCCCUCCUCGGAGGACGAUGAUGAUGAUGAUGACUCCUCUUCAGAGGAGAAAGAGACAGAUAACACCAAACCAAACCGUAUGCCUGUAGCUCCAUAUUGGACAUCCCCAGAAAAGAUGGAAAAGAAAUUGCAUGCGGUGCCAGCUGCCAAGACAGUGAAGUUCAAAUGCCCUUCCAGUGGGACCCCAAACCCCACACUGCGCUGGUUGAAAAAUGGCAAAGAAUUCAAACCUGACCACAGGAUUGGAGGCUACAAGGUCCGUUAUGCCACCUGGAGCAUCAUAAUGGACUCCGUGGUGCCCUCUGACAAGGGCAACUACACUUGCAUCGUGGAGAAUGAGUACGGCAGCAUCAACCACACCUACCAGCUGGACGUCGUGGAGCGGUCCCCUCACCGGCCCAUCCUGCAAGCAGGGUUGCCCGCCAACAAGACAGUGGCCCUGGGUAGCAACGUGGAGUUCAUGUGUAAGGUGUACAGUGACCCACAACCACACAUCCAGUGGCUAAAGCACAUCGAGGUGAACGGGAGCAAGAUUGGUCCAGACAACCUGCCUUAUGUCCAGAUCUUGAAGCAUUCGGGGAUUAAUAGCUCGGAUGCGGAGGUGCUGACCCUGUUCAAUGUGACAGAGGCCCAGAGCGGGGAGUAUGUGUGUAAGGUUUCCAAUUAUAUUGGUGAAGCUAACCAGUCUGCGUGGCUCACUGUCACCAGACCUGUGGCAAAAGCCCUGGAAGAGAGGCCAGCCGUGAUUACCUCGCCCUUGUACCUGGAGAUCAUCAUCUAUUGCACAGGGGCCUUCCUCAUCUCCUGCAUGGUGGGGUCGGUCAUCGUCUACAAGAUGAAGAGCGGCACCAAGAAGAGUGACUUCCACAGCCAGAUGGCCGUGCACAAGCUGGCCAAGAGCAUCCCUCUGCGCAGACAGGUAACAGUGUCCGCUGACUCCAGUGCGUCCAUGAACUCUGGGGUUCUUCUGGUUCGGCCUUCACGGCUCUCCUCCAGUGGGACUCCCAUGCUAGCAGGGGUCUCUGAGUAUGAGCUUCCCGAAGACCCUCGCUGGGAGCUGCCUCGGGACAGACUGGUCUUAGGAAAACCCCUGGGAGAGGGCUGCUUUGGGCAGGUGGUGUUGGCAGAGGCCAUCGGACUGGACAAGGACAAACCCAACCGUGUGACCAAGGUGGCUGUGAAGAUGUUGAAGUCGGAUGCAACAGAGAAAGACUUGUCAGACCUGAUCUCAGAAAUGGAGAUGAUGAAGAUGAUUGGGAAGCAUAAGAACAUCAUCAACCUGCUGGGGGCCUGCACGCAGGACGGUCCUUUGUAUGUCAUCGUGGAGUAUGCCUCCAAGGGCAACCUGCGGGAGUACCUGCAGGCCCGGAGGCCCCCAGGGCUGGAAUACUGCUACAACCCCAGCCACAACCCAGAGGAGCAGCUCUCCUCCAAGGACCUGGUGUCCUGCGCCUAUCAGGUGGCCCGAGGCAUGGAGUAUCUGGCCUCCAAGAAGUGCAUACACCGAGACCUGGCCGCCCGGAACGUCCUGGUGACAGAGGACAACGUCAUGAAGAUUGCGGACUUCGGCCUCGCACGGGACAUUCACCACAUCGACUACUAUAAAAAGACAACCAACGGCCGACUGCCUGUGAAGUGGAUGGCGCCCGAGGCAUUGUUUGACCGGAUCUACACCCACCAGAGUGAUGUGUGGUCUUUUGGGGUGCUCCUGUGGGAGAUCUUCACUCUGGGUGGCUCCCCAUACCCUGGUGUGCCUGUGGAGGAGCUUUUCAAGCUGCUGAAGGAGGGUCACCGCAUGGACAAGCCCAGUAACUGUACCAACGAGCUGUACAUGAUGAUGCGGGACUGCUGGCAUGCAGUGCCCUCGCAGAGACCCACCUUCAAGCAGUUGGUGGAAGACCUGGACCGCAUCGUGGCCUUGACCUCCAACCAGGAGUACCUGGACCUGUCCAUGCCCCUGGACCAGUACUCCCCCAGCUUUCCCGACACCCGGAGCUCUACGUGCUCCUCAGGGGAGGAUUCCGUCUUCUCUCAUGAGCCGCUGCCUGAGGAGCCCUGCCUGCCCCGACACCCAGCCCAGCUUGCCAAUGGCGGACUCAAACGCCGCUGACUGCCACCCUGCACACCCUCCUCAGACUCCAGCAUCAGCUGUAAUCCUUACCCACAGCCCCUGCCAGGCCCACCGCCCGUCUGUCUCUGUCCCCUUUCCUGCUGGCAGGAGCUGGCUGCCUACCAGGGGCCUUCCUGUGUGGCCUGCCUUCACCCCGCUCAGCUCAUCUCUUCCUCCUCCUCCUCUCCACCUGGCAGUGAGAGGUGCAAAGAGGCAGAUCCUUGCUGCCGGCCACUUCGUCCCCUCCCAGAUGUUGGACCAAGACCCCUCCCUGCCACCAGGUCCUGCCUGGAAGGCGGGGAGUGGGAGCCGAUGAACAGGCAUGCAAGUGAGAGCCUCCUGGGCUUUCUUAUUUGGGUUUGGUGUGUUUCGCCUUCACCCAGAAGCCCCUAGCACUCUGGCGGCAGGUGCCUUGUCCUCAGGGCUACAGUAGUAGGGAGAUAAGUGCUUUGGGCCUUGAUCGAAGGUGACCUCUGCUCCAGAUAGGUGGUGCCAGCGGCUUAUUAAUUCAGAUAGUUGCUUUGCUGACCAAAUGCCUGGUACCAGAGGAUGGUGAGGCGAAGGCCAGGUUGGGGGCAGUGUUGUGGCCCUGGGGCUCAGCCCCAAACUGGGGGCUCUGUACAUAGCUAUGAAGAAAACACAAAGUGUAUAAAUCUGAGUAUAUAUUUACAUGUCUUUUUAAAAGGGUCAUUACCAGAGAUUUACCCAUCGGGUAAGAUGCUCCUGGUGGCUGGGAGGCAUCAGUUGCUAUAUAUUAAAAUCAAAGAAAAAAGAAAAAAAAAGAAAAUGUUUUUAAAAAGGUCAUAUAUUUUUUGCUACUUUUGCUGUUUUAUUUUUUUAAAUUAUGUUCUAAACCUAUUUUCAGUUUAGGUCCCUCAAUAAAAAUUGCUGCUGCUUCAUUUUUCUAUGGACUGUGUGAAAAGGGCAAGAAUGUCCACUGGAAGAGGGACACUCAUGGGCUCCGGGGCUGGCUCUGUCACAAGGGCACCGCACACUCCCUGCACAGGUUCCUUGUAACCUCUUCCUCCUAGGUCCCACGCCCAGACCUCACGACACACCUCCUGCCUCUCCGAUACUUUUGGAAAGUCAGGAAAAGAAGAUGUCUGCAUCAAGGGCAGGAACCCCCGUCCAUGCACUAGAGGUGCUGGGUGGAGGGUCAAGGCCCAGCAGCCAUCGACCACAGACGGUUUCCUCUGAGGAAACCUGUGGGGCUGAGCUGGGGAAGGGGGACAUCUACCUAGGAAUAGCCACACCAGGGUAGAGCUAAAGUGAUUAAGAGGAAGCUUCACACCUGUAAUCCCAGCACUUUGGGAGGCCGAGGUGGGCAGAUAACUUGAGAUCAGGAGUUCAAGACCAGCCUGGCCAAUAUGGUGAAACCCCGUCUUUACUAAAAAUACAAAAAUUAGCCUGGCAUGGUGGUAGGCAUCUGUAAUUCCAGUUACUUAGGAGGCUGAAGCAGGAGAAUCCCUUGAACCUGGGAGGCGGAGGUUGCAAUGAGUCGAGAUCACGCCAUUGCACUCCAGCCUGGGCAACAGAGCGAGACUCCAUCUCAAAAAAAAAAAACAGAAAGGAAAGCGAAUGAUGGAGGUCUGCAGAAUCACAAACCCAGACGUGUCUGCCCCCUCUGUGUGGGCGUGGUUUUGCUGGUGCUUCCAAGUGCAGGAGAGCGUGUCACCUGAGGCUAGUUUCGCAUUCAAGUCCCUGGCUUCUUUUUGUUGUUGUUAUUCCUCCCCAGAUCGUCUUUCCUGAAUCCAUGUGACCAGACUGUAUUUGUUGGGACUGUCACAGAUCUUGGCUGCUUACGGUUCUUCCUGUCCAAACUCCACCCUGCCGCUCAGGAAGGGGGAGAAAAUUCUCCGAAUGUUUUUGGUUUUUGGCUGCUUGGAAUUUACUUCUGCCACCUGCUGGUCAUCACUGUCCUCACCAAGUGGAUUCUGGCUCCCCAGUACCUCAUGGCUCAAACUACCACUCAACCGCUAUAUUAAAGCUUACAUUUGCUGGAUUACUGCUAAAUACAAAAGAAAGUUCAAUAUGCUUUCACUUCUGUAGGGAAAAUGGGAUUGCUGCUUUAAAUUUCCACGUUAGGUAUUUCUUGGCAGCUGCAGUGUUGGUCACUAUUGUAAAGUUCUCUUGGUUUCUCUCUGUAAAUAUGCACCUGCUUACAUUACAAUUUGUAUUUAUGUUUAAAGAAGGCAUCAUUUGGUGAACAGAGCCAGAAAAUGAAUUUUUAGCUCCUUAAAAUCAUUUGCUUUGAGGCUGCACAGGAGUGUCUUUCCUUGUAAAAUACUGAUGAUAAUUUCUGCCUUGGCCCUACCUUGAAGCAAUGUUGUGUGAAGGGAUGAAGAAUCUAAAAGGCUUCAUAAGCCUUGGGAGAGGUGCUAGAAAAAUAUAAGGCACUAUCAU